AGUCUGAUUGUACACACUGUACGAGGAGGAAACUCAUCCCUCACUCACUCACAUUCAGCCCUGAGUCCAGGUGGAACUCUACUGGAGAGAAACGGUCCGCUUUACACUGUUUAGAGAAGAAGAUGGCUGAGAGUGUACUGAGGUGUUUGUGUAGCAGUAACGGUCCGACCCGCAGGACUCUGUUCGGACCGUUGGACCGGGCUCGGCUUCAGCAGGAUUACACCCUGCUAAUGAAGAAGGAACUGCAGGAAGCUUCACGCCGCUGGAACUUUGACUUCGCCUCUGAUGAACCGCUGCUGGACGGUGACUACGAGUGGACUGAGAUUUCCGGAGCGCGAGUACCCACUCUGUACAGAGAAGGAACCUGGGGGGGGGCGGCGCCACACCUACAGGGGGCAAAACCAAAUCGGAGGCUGGAGAAGGAGAACAUUUCUGAAACAUCCGGACGAGGCGGGAGUGACUCCAGCGGCGAGGGAAAACGACAGCCACUGAAGAGGAAACAGACCAACAUCACAGAUUUCUACCAGGCCAAGAGGAGGGUAGUGGCCACCACCAGGAAAUCAGGCCAGUGACGCUGGGACACACACACACACACACACACUAUGUUUAGGACUUGGGAGAACAGGAUCCAGCACAGACUGUAAAUUCACAUGAAGGACUUCUGUAUAAAACACUCAGUGAUGGAGCUGUUCUUCUGUUCAUUUUAAUUUCUUGCUGUUUUUGUUGUUAAUGGUUAAUAAUUAAUCACACGUUUAGCUGGAGAAAGUGAGUCACGCUAAAGCUAAACGCUGUGUAAUGUGGAAUGUGCUCAUAAUGUACACAGUAUAUGUGUAGAUCUGGUGUGUUCAGUCUCGGUGGAGGGUUCCUGUGUGGGACAUGACCAUUAUACUUUACAUUGCAGAUAAGAAACAUUAUUAUACUGGACACCCGCUGUGUGUUUAUUAUAAUACAGUAUUUAACACUGUAGGUCUUCAGUGCUGUUAGUUCACCUCAGUAACGCUCUCGUACUAACAGUAAUUACAGUCUGAUUAUAAUUAUCUGCACUUUUACUCUCCGUUUCUGCCAAAAACUCUGUUGCUGUUGUUUUUAAUAAACCCAUUUAUGGACAGAACACAUACGUACUAUAAAGCAGUUACACACAUCGGCUGGUCGGGUUAUCAAUAAUUUAUUGUUAAUGCAGCAAUAGUUUGUUUUAUUUAUUGUCUAUGAUUUUUCCUUUCAUUGUUUGUGUAUUUGUUUUUUUUGACUGAUAGUGUUUUAGUGAUGGAAGUGUUGUUGUUAUUACUUUAUAGCCCAUCAUGCACUUAUUAUAUUAGGAAUUCUAUGUUUAAUAUAUAAAUUGUACACUGUAUUGAUUUUCUGUUUGAACCAGUAAUGGAUCAGCAUUAUUCUACAGUUACCUUUAAACACCAUGAGUAUUAAAAAUCACUGAUUACAGGCUGUAUGGAACAGGAAAACGCUUCAUAAUAGAAUCGUGAACAUAAACACUAUCAGCGGAAUUAGUUCAGCAUUCAGAGGCAAAUUAGGUUCCACAGGGCGCCAACCCAUCUCAGUGUAUGUUUAAUGAACAAUUUAUAUUCAUUUGUACAUGAUCACAUCCGAUCAUGUGCUCAAACCCCAGAGAGAAUAACGUUUAUAUCUGUGUUAAUAUCUGUUUCUUUAUUCGGUCGAGAUUGUUGAAUUUCUUUGUGUGUGUGCUGUAAUAUUAAGUAUAUUGCUUACAUUUAUUUAUUGUACUAUAGAAGCUUUAUUGGCACAAAUGUACAGAAGAAAUAAAACUGUUGGUUUAA